ACAUGGCGGACGUUGCUCCUGCCCGGUUCCAAAAAAUUUAUAGAAAUCGGUCGAAAUUAGUGUCGUUUAAAGAAAAUAUUGUUACGUAUAUUCGUUAUCUGAAGUGAUAGAGACGUAGCGCCUAUAAGUUUUGGUUAGUGUGGUUUAGAAAUAGUGUUCGUCUUACGUGGAUGUACACGGAUUUGUGAUGUGUAAUUCCAUGAGGUGUAUGUAAAUACGGUUUCCGAAUGUCCUAUAUUCACGCUGGUAACCAGGCCGGAUGGGAUCGGAUAUCCCGUAUAAGAUAAUUGCUGGAGCCGUUUGAAGAGUCGGUCGUCAUUUUAUAACAAUUUAUUUAGAAGUUUUCGUUGCUGUAUACGUAAAAAACAAAAACCUGGAGGAUGAUGGAUUGGUCCAGACCCUUCUCUUAAGAAGGCAUUUUUCAGGAUAUCUGAAUAAUGUGAAAAAUUGUGUAAGCUGGCCGAAUGACCUUAAGCAGUCUUGGCCAUUAGAAGUAAAGAAGAAAGAAGAAGAAGAAGAAGUGAGGUUCAAUAAUGUUCCCCAGUUAAUAUCUUCAAAAACGUAAAAUAACUUUCUAAUUAUGGCAUUUAUUAAUUCUAGUCUAAUUAGAACUGAUGUAACGUCAGUAAAAAUUUGGCGAAAUUCUAUUUUUGCCGGAAUCGGAGGAUUUUUACACAUAUUUGACUUAAAAACUGGAAAAUUGUCGUCUAAACAUAAAGUUUUUGAAGGACAAAAAAUUUUUGGGAUUUUACCAUCAGCAGUAUCAUCUGAUCUGCUUGUCUAUGGGGGCAGACACUUGAAGUUAUAUGAAAUAAUUGACACAGAGGUUUUGAAAGAAAUGAACUCUUUAAUAAUGUCAGACUGGAUUUUAGGUUCCAAAUGGCUUGAUAAUGAUUCAAAAAUUGCAGCAGUUUCAAUGCAUAACAAAGUGAGUAUAUGGACCAAACAGUUUACUUUGUUAUAUGAUGUUGAGAGUGAAGAAAAAUGCAUUUUGUAUAGUGCCCAUAUUUGUUACAAUAGUUGGAGUGAUUUAGUCGUGUUAUCUGGCACUGUUUUCAGUGAAAUUUUGAUCUGGAAACCAUGUAACUAUGGUAAAUAUAAAGAUGUACCAAUUCAGAAAAGGUUGAAGGGACAUAAGGGUGUAAUAUUUUCUAUUGACUUUGAUGUCAGUAAAGGGGUAAUAUGUUCAACUUCUGAUGACAGGUCUGCAAUUUUGUGGACUAUAAAAGGCAAAAAUCUUUUGCAACAAAUCGAGCAAAGCACUCUUGAAAUAGCAAUUGCAUGUCAAGUAUAUGGUCAUUUGUCUAGAAUAUUCCGUUGCUGUAUCUUGGAAAACACAUUUGCAACUGCCAGUGAGGAUUCUUUCAUUAUUAUUUGGAAUUUUGAUGGUAAAAUGCUGAAGAAAAUUGAAACCCAUCAACUAGGAACUGUUUGGGUCUUGGAUUAUGACAAAAAGAGUGAUAUUUUGGUAUCUGGAGGUGGAAAUAGUGGAGUGUCAAGGUUUAGAGUAACUUCGGAUAUUACACAAUGGAGAAGUAAUAUUCCACAAGAUGAAGUUGCAAAAUUAAUUGGUAUAUUAAACUCGGGAAGCAUAGUGUGCUUUUCCGAAAGGGCUUGUGUUUAUUAUCAACACCAUCAGGGCAAAAGUUGGCAAAAAAUUAAUCAACACACUGACUUGGAAAGCUACGUUAUCAUGCAAGUGUCAAACUGUAAGAAGAAAGUCGCCUUGGCAGGUUAUCAGGGCCAAAUUUAUAUUUACAAAGAAAUAAAUGAUAAAUUGAAACUUGCAUAUGUUCACACAGUAUUGGCUCACGUAAGGGUUUACUCCUUCCAUUGGUUAACAUGUCAAACAUUUUUGAUUUGCCAAGAGGAAGGAGUGUUAACUUUAUUAUAUAUUCACAAUGAAUCCAUAACACAAAUUCAAACCUUUAGUUUGCCAGUGUCCAAAGAAAGAUGGUCCACCUGCGCAUGCAGUACAAAUGAUGGCCAUAUUGUUGUUGGUGAUAGGAUGGGUAACAUACACUUGUACAUCCUUAAUAAAAAGAUCCCUAUCAGUUCUUUAAAAAAGGUUCACGAUCAUUUGGGUGUUGUAAACCUUUAUGCCAAUAUGAAAAAAAUAACUUCCUUAGGUCGAAAUGGAAUUUUAAAUCAAUACCUUAUAAUAAAUAAAACUCUGCAAAUUGUAGAAUCAACAAAGACAAAACUCUCUUGGCUUGCCAGUAUUGUUGAUGAAUAUUUGUUGUCGUUCUCUGGCAAGAAGUUUGUUAUCUCUGAUCUCAAAUUUAAUCGUGUCUUAUUUGAUAUUGAUUGUGGGGGAGGCCAUCGAUCUUGGGCUGUUUCUAAUAUAUGUAGCAAUAACCUUUUGUUUUGUUUCAUUAAGGACAAGUCUGUAAAUUGCAUAAAUUUAGAUUUAAGUAACUACAUAAUCUCUGAUUUACUAGAAGGCUAUCAUUCCAAAGAAAUAAAUGCAUUGGAAACAAUAUCAUUUCAAAAUGAAUUAAUUGUUAUAUCAGGAGGCGAAGAUACAACUCUCAAAAUUAACAGUAUCGCCAAUGGUUUCAAGUUAUUAAAAAACAUAAAGAUCCAUUUAUCGAGCAUACGGGCCUUGGCGAUUUAUAAAAUACAACAAAGUCAUUCAUCGAUGGACGAAUACCUACUGUUUUCGGCCGGUGGGCGUGCACAGAUUAUUUGUUGGCAUAUUUCUUUUAACACUAAUAAUGAGUAUCUCAUGUGUACUGAAAAGUGCUCGUAUUACAAAGAAAUCGAUCAGGAAUUGCCGGAAAUUCGAAUAAUGGAUUUAGUGAUUGCUGACGACGAUUCGAAAAUAGUUUUGUAUGCUGCUUGUUCUGAUGGAAAUAUUAAAGUAUUUUCCAUGCAAAAGGACGCUAAUAACUAUAAAUUACGUUUUGUUAGGGCACUGUUUCAUAAAUAUAUCUGCAUUACAAGGAUAAGACAUGAAUAUGUAUUAAAUGAAAACGUAUUAGUAACCGCCGCAACAGAUGGACAUUUAGUUUUUUGGAACGUUUCCGACAUAUUGCUCGUUGAUCGAGAAGUAAAGCCUUCGUGUUUGGUUAAGGCACAUGAUUCUGGGAUUAAUAGUCUUGUCCUUACUGUUUUAAGGAAAAACACACUCGCGUGUUUAACGGGUGGAGAUGAUAACAAAAUUUCGUUCACUUUAUAUGCAUGUGAUAAAAGCGGCGGUAUUUUAACUAUUUAUAAAAUCGAUUCUUUUGAAGAUAAACUAACUCAUUGUGCUCAAGUUACCGGCGCAUAUAUCUUCGAUGAUUACUUCGUCACUAGCUCUAUUGAUCAGCGAAUAGCAAUAUUCAAGUGGGAAAUAGUCGAAGCGACUGUAUCAUGUAAAUUUGUUCACAUUUAUAACACCAGCAUAGCAGACGUACAGGGUUUAAAAUGUCAAACCACAAAUAAUCAGUUGAACGUGAUUAUUUUUGGCAAAGGUGUGGAGUACGUUCAGAUUCAAAAAUCAAUUUCAGCAAAUUAAAAGUAAAAAACGAAGAAAAGUUCAUUACAUACAAUUUAGUUAGUUUUAUGUUCGCCAGUGUAGUCACUUGUUUGAUUUCGCAUGAGCGGGGCACAGCGGAGCGAGUGACUCAAGAAGUUGACCAAUAUGCUGCAUACUAUUCGUUUUCUACGACCAUUAAAACGAAUACAUUAACCGAGUGGCAUACGUCGAACUACUAUCAGUCGCUAAAAUCUACCGAAAAUUUAUUUAAGUUAUUAGCAUCUACUUGGUACUCCAAUCGAUUGUCAAUCAACUGUGUUGAAAAUUUUUUAAAAGGUCGGAUCGAUAAGUACGUCAAACGCCGUGUCGGUAGGUAACUACAAUUCGUUGGAAAAUUUUCUAUUAACAGAAAAAUCAAAAACAAUCUAAAACUCGAAAAACUUGGUUCAAAUAAAGACCACAAAGUUGAUUAAGCCAAUUAAACACACCAAACAGCCCAACAAUACAUACAGUAUGUAGGUACAUACAUUUAGUUUUUUUGUUAAUUAACUAGAAAAUUUUUAUGUGUACGUGGACAACAUUUCGUCAUUUAAAAUAUAAUUGUUGUUAUAUUUAUUAAAUAUAAUUUUCCUGUUAGACUGUUGUUUAU